CAAUAGAUGUCGACGAUACUAGAGACAACAAUACUUCGAAUACAUCACCUAAAGGUGUUACUACACAACUUGCAGAUGUUACUAACAACCUUAGUGGGCAUGAAAUUCUUCGUCAAUCUGCUCGUCAAAGUCUCGAGGCAUACACUGAAAAAAUGGUUCAACAAAUGUCCAAGGGUAAAAGAAAACUAACAGGAUAUGAGAUUAACGAUUUAGUAAGGGUGGCCAUUCCCAAAAUUGACAGAUUUAGUAUUGAUCGGCCAACCCUUCCAUGCAAAAUACUUGACAAAACUGAAAAUAACAAGUAUCAGUUGGGGUCAAAAUUUGGAAUUAUUGAAGUUCUUUAUUUCGCCAGUGAACUUGAACCUUUGGGCACUACUAGCUUCCCCGAACUUGACAUCAUACCAUCAAAUAAAAUAUCAAUCAGGGAAGCAGGACGGCUCCAAAGUAUGGGUCCAUCAUGUGCAAUUUGUAGCUGUAAAAGCGACUGUAGUAAUAAUAGGUGUCGCUGUAAAAAAAGCGGCGGUAAAUGUGGCAGUAGAUGUCAUGGUGGGCGUUCAUGCCAAAAUAAAGAGUAG